UCUAAGAUGGAGUACUUUUAGUUUGGUCAGUGUUUUGUUAACAAAAACAAGAAUUAUGCGCAUUUUUGUGGGUUUUAUCGUGGCUUUCGUCGCGUUUGUUGGCACGGAUGGUUUGGGUGUUUAUGAGUUAAUUAAUGAAGAUGGUCAUCGUUGCUCCUGUCGAGGGAUGCCAAAACAUACGAUACCAGAAGUUUCUCAUCCAGGACAUUAUGGGCAAGUUGAACCAGAAUACCCAAUUCAUCAGGAACCUGAAGUUUUGAUUUCACACCCAGGUCAUCAAGGAGCUGAAGUUGAAUACCCUGAAAUAGAUUUCCAGUCUUCUGAAGAACAACAAUCUGUAAUUGAUGCUGCAGGUCAUGUACACCAACAACCGUCUGUUCAUGAACCAGUUCAUCAUGAACACCAAGUUCACCCAGAACCAGAAGUUUAUGUUCAACUAGACGACCCAAUUUAUGAGGAACCUGAAGUUUCGAUUUCUCACUCAGGGCAUCAGGAACAAGUUUACCAAGUAUACCAAAAUCAUCCUGAAGAGCCAUUUAUUCAACAUCCAGGAAUACAAAAAAUAGAAGAGCCUCACUAUUCUGCUCCAAGUUCAGGAUCAUUUGAAGAAGUUGAACCCGUCGAUCAUACACGUAAGUAG